AUUCUGGUUUAAUCAAUCUAGAGUGGAUAUUUCAAAUGAUAUCCGAUGAGAUUGACAAAGCUCCUAAGCACAUCUAUCUGGUUGACAUCGUUCCAAACCUAAGGUUCCUACUACGAUGUGGGGCACUCACGGGGGACCCAGAAUAUGAACUCAGCAAAUUCACACAGAAGUACCCAUCAUACUUUGCGUUGAACCUUGCCAUCCAUGAAAACAAGAUUCUUGAAGAAGCGAAAGCACAUGGAGCUAAACAUCCGGAUAAGAUGAAAGAAGGCGGACAGAGUGAUGAGGCUGAUUCAUCAAGACUAGCCAGAAGAAACGUGUUGUAUCAGAACAGUGUGAAGGCGUGGCUAGGAUAUUUCCGUAAUGACCAUCAGUUGGUAACAGUCGAUGUCUCUUGUGGUGUGAGUGAUCUCAUCUGGCAUAGAGUGUGUGAUUUCUUUGGACAUGAUCUGGAAUGUUUGCCAAAGAAGACGGUCAAUACAGUAGUUUUGUUCGCUUUCAAUGGCUAUGACUAUUCAGCAAUAGAUAUGCAGAGAUAUCAUAUGGAGCUCAUUCAUCUCAAAGAUAUACUGCCAAAACCAGAUAUGCUACCGGAUGCUGCUCUCCACACACUAAGCACACACAUUGACAAAACGGCGCCCACGGCAGAAUCAUUCUGCGUUGACCUGACGGACACAUCAAUCAAAAAAGACAUGGAGAGGCUGGAUCACUCAAAGCGAGAGUUCCGGAGAGAGAUGAGGUUUAUUGAAUGGGAAGACACAUACUUGGACAAAUACAUCUUCAUUAGCUCGGAGAAGAAGGAAAGGGGUCGCAAGACUAGUCUCUUUGUCCAGACCUUCAAAGUCAUCGCUACCACAGAAAACGAAGUGUGUCUAUUCCCUCCGGAGACCGACGUCGGACUCUGUCAGGAUUUGGCCUUCUCAUUCGGUCAUCAUAGACACCCCUCUGCGAGAUAAGGAGGGUACACCGUUGCCCCCCUCACAUCCCCCCCCCCCUUUUAGACUCCAGCAGUGUAAAAAGGUUGUAAGUUACAAGUUUGUUGUGGGGAUUCCGUAACAUAGGGUACGUGUGAUAUUUUUCGUGUCCCAUUUAAUGCAUGAUGAACUUUGAACCAUAUGGCCCGAAUUCACAAAGGUGGUUUUGAAAACCCACGGUUGAGUCCAUGGUUUAUGCAGAUUUCCUGUAUAAAUUACGCUUAAUUUAGCGCGUAUCGGGCGCGUGUAUAAAACAUGUCCAAUGCUGAUGCGCGCUUUUGUCACAGUGCGCCAAAUUUACGCCUGUUACCAUAAUUAGAUACGCUAUUUUAUUCAUGAGUCCACUGUUUUUAUUCAUGAGUCCACUCUUCAAACAGUGGACUCAUGAAUAAAAUAGCGUAUCUAACCAUGGUAACAGGCGUCAAUUUGGCGCACUGUGACAAAAGCGCGCAUCAGCAUUGGACAUGUUUUAUAGACGCGCCCGAUACGCGCUAUAUUUAGCGUAAUUUAUACAGGAAAUCUACAUAAACCAUGGACUCAACCGUGGGUUUUCAAAACUACCUUUGUGAAUUCGGGCCUAUGUCAUCAUGACACUAGUGUGAAGAAACAUAGGCCGAUACUCUUCUCAGUAUUCAGUAGCCAGCUGAGAUCUACUAGUCUCAUGACAAAAUUUAUGGUCUCACUAACUCAAAAUUUAUCAUUUGAGAGGGACACUGAAAUUGUCACAAAUUGGCACCCUUCUUUUACAGAAUCACCCUUAGUAGAUUUGAGUGUUAGCAGAUAGAAGUAUUACACAACAUUCCAUUAAAAGAUAUGUGUUUUUACAAUGAUCCAGUGACACACUUAUUGACUGGGUUAGAUGCAUGAAGCAAGUUUUUUGUACGAUUUAAUACCAUUUCAAGUAUUCUUGUAUCUCUUUGAGGGAAUGUUUUUUCUCUUUGUUUCUUAAUUUAGUGAGUAAAUUGGUCUCUUUUGGGAACCAUUUGCUGGUUUAUGCCUUGUUGAAAUUCUUGUCUCAAAAUCAAAGAAAGUUGUUUGUUCAACCUUGGCUCUGAACAUAAUAUCAAUGAUAGGGGCAGUGGCAAGUAGUGAAAAAUAGAAAAUAAAAGGAGAAAAUCAAACUCGACAGUGAUUUUGAGUGAGCCUGUUUUUUUUUCUUGUACUUACAACCUUUUUACACCCUAUCUUAUCUCUGAGCUAAUCUGUAUAUUUCCUGAUCUAUUAUUGUUUUUUUAAACCAUUGAUUUAUAAACUAUAUUGAAUUUGACAUUGUUACUCAUAUUGGAAGAAGUUUGUCUGAAAUAUUCUACUUGACAUUGUGGUAAUAAGCUAUGAAAUGUAUUCAUAUAAUUCAAAAUUAAAUGAAUUAUUUACUUGUAUAUAUAUAUAUAUAUGAACAUGUAUUUGAGGUGGGACCUAAACAGGUUUCCGAAUUUUUAACCGUUUGAGAGAAGCUAUAUAUAUGAAUAUAUUAUUGUUGCCACUCAUUUGUAGCAGGAUGGCGGUUGAUACUGGGUUUUGUUGUUUGUUUGUUUGUUAAAGGAAUUUUCUUGUUGUUGAAUGUACAUGAUUCUUAGGCAAUAUUACUUAAGCCCCCAUCACACUUAUUCCGAAUCAAGCAGAAUUGGCCUGAAUGAAGGACUAUUGUUUGACCACCAAUUGGUCAUUUAAAUCUACUUCCAACAUCGUUCGAGAAUACCCCUCGAAUGUUUUGAACAUGACCAAAACCUUUGGGACGGCCAAAAGAAAUGACAAAAAUAUUUCGAAUGCACUCAGAAUGCACUCAGAAUAUUUAGAAUGCCCCUAGAAUGUCCAAGAACGUAGCACGAAUUAUCAAUCUGACUCCAUUGCGGUUCAUUUUGACUAGUGUAUGAUGAUAAACCUGGUCAAUUUACUGAAUUUCAUCUCCAGUUUGAUGAAUUCAUAAGUUCCUCCCAAAAAUUUCUAGAUUUUUUGAAUAUUUUUUCUUUCCAGCUUCUGCUCGAUUCCUGCUGAUUCCGAAUAAGUGUGACGGGGGUAUUACAUUUAGGAUAGUAUGUGGAAGAUUGUAUUCACUAUUAACUGAAUGUAGUGUUCAUCAAAACAAUUCCAAAUUAAAUUGGUAGGAGAAUCAAAUCAUUUGUAAAGUUCGGGCAAUAUGAUUUAUUAUUGCCUUUAUCAGACAUCAGAGCUGGUCAGAACCGUGUUGCCCUAUAUUUUCUGAAUAUCGGGAAGGGUUACAUGUAGGUAUAUUUUGCUCGGUCUCUAUGUGGGUAUUGACUUUCCAUGCAGAGAUGACGCAAAAUAUACCUUUGUAUUUUCCAUGGUCUCACAUCUGGGCAUGUGUAGAAAGAGAUACGCUUCAUAAUGAUCUGCGCACCAACAAUAUAAGUCAUAAUAAAGACAACGCUGGAUCCGGGAGCUUACAAUUAAGUACGUCAUUAAUGGCAAAGUGCUGAGCCGCUCGAUAUAAACACGAAACAAUAGAACCCUAUUCUUGAAAGAAAUAUCUUCAUUUUCAUAUUUUUUGCUCUACAUGUAGAUAUCGGAUUUGGAUGUUAAUAAAAAUAUUGACUGGCUCUUCUUUUGGGGAACAUCAAAUAAAUUGCCCUUAAAAGAACCAUAUUACCAUUGUCUAAAGACUCGGGCCAAUACACUGUAUGGUUAAUUUGCGGGCAAUAUAUUUGAUGUUCCCCUCAAGGCCAGUCAAUAUUAUAUGAUUAUACCCUCACCAAACAAAGACUGAAGCAGGGGAUAAUAGGAAUUACAUGUAGAAUCCGGUUGGUCCAUCUGUCAGUCCAAUGCUUGUUAGACUGGGCACAUAUAAUGGUAUCAAAGUGAAGAUGUUAGAAACAUAAUGAAGUGGCUACCUUUUCUUUCAUAUGUGGCGGGUACUACAUAUUAUGCUUCUCACAAUAAAAACAAUUAUUCAUUGAGAUUUUAAUAUCAUUUUAGAUUUGCUAUGUUAUUUUAAUUUAAUUCCUGAAUAAAAGUUUUUUUUUAACUUUAAUAUCAUUACACUUUUAGAAUUGACAUUGUAAUGAAAAUAAUAAAAUCCCAAUUUUCAAUUUGAAAUAGAUGCAAGAAUUCCAUUAUUUACAAAUAUAUUUUGCAAUUAUCUUUCAUUCUGACUAUGACGUCAUAUUUGAUUUUUUUUUCUUCUACAGUGUAUGUAUUCAAUAAGGUCCUUACAUGUUUGGCUAAUACCUUGUUUGUCAAGCUUUAAGUCAAUAGAAAGAGUUCAUGACUACAUGUAAAUACAUGUAUAUCAAAUGAGAUCCUUCAGUUACUAGAAAGGGGACUAAAAUUAUAUUUUUAGCAUUUAUUCUUUCAGUUUGUUGCAAUUAAUUUGAAUAAUACAUGAAAUUUGAUUUUUCUACUAUGUCCUUUUAUAUUUUUCUGUAAAGACAAAAUUUUUCUAGUAUUUUGUGGUGGCAUUGUGUGAGUAUAAAACACUGAAUCUCUGAGUAUAUACAGUACAUGUUGUAGUUGGAGCAAUGGAUAUCUGAUUUUUUUUGUAAGUGUGUGCUUUGCAAACCAAGAACACAUGUAUUCAUAAGUAUUACUCACUCUACGCACCUUUCUCACAAACUUGCAAAAAAGUAAUUCUAUAGUUAAAUGCAUAUGAAAUUUGGAUAUCAAUAAAUUGGGAGAAGCAAGAGUAUCCAAAUUCAUCCAAGUUAACUGCUGGUGCAAUAAUCUUUUUUUCUUUGAUUCUUAAUGUUUUGGGGACAAACAAUUUCAUUCAUUUCAAUUCUGAUUUCCAUCUUCAAAUUCAAUUUCAAUUGUAACUUUUUUUUUGCAUGCCGCCGUUUCUCUUUUAUUUUGGUGCUUAUAGUGUUGUUAAUAGGUGCUAAAUAUUUUAUUGUGUAAAAUGAGAAUUUUAACCUGAAUGUUUUUUUUUUAUGAAAAAUGAAACGAGAGGAAUGGGUCUGACCAGAGUCUAGCUGAUACAGAAAAAGAAAUACAAAUUAUGGAUUUUGAAGUUGUGAUAAUUGAAAAGCAAAGGCAAGUCCCACUGACCGACGGAUACAACACAUAUUCAUGAAGGAUACAGCGGACAAGCAAAACUUUGGGGUGGCUCCAUCCGUUUUCAUCCGCUUCAGACAAUGAACAAUAAAAUCACAGUGGACGGAUGCUUGAUGGAAAUAGAGCGUAUAAAACACGUAUGCAAAGAGCACACAACGGAUACAUAAUGUUUUCCAAAGGAUGGCAAGAUUUUUUUCCGUUUUACAUCCUCUCUGCAUCUGUAAGUGCAGUGGGACCAAGCCUUUAACACCUCUAUCACGUACAUGUAAAGGACAAGCUGAUACUUGCUUCUGCAAUCAUUCAAGUUUGUUUUUGUUUGGGUGGGGGGGGGGGCUGAGUUAAGGUAAUAAACAUAAUGAUAAUAGUAAAGAUAACAAAGAUUUUGAUAAAUAACAAUUCAAUGUUCUCCUAUUUUUAACCAGAUCUAUAUCUGGUUAAGUAGGGGAACAUUGGAUUGAUAUUUUGGUUUUUAUCAUCAUCAGGGAGUGCUAAAAAAAAAAAAUUACCUGAAUUUCAUCAGUUCAACUGUCAGUAUGGUAUGUAGGGGGGGGGGGGUAGAAAUGGUGUCCAAACUGAUAGUUAGUUUCUAUUACGUCAUAUCAGGUUGCUCUUAACUAGUUAAUAUCAAAUGUAACUUUAUAAACCUAUGAUCCUUUAAAAAAAAAUCAGAUUAUGAUUAACCCUUACACUGCCCUGUUCCUCUAAUUCAUCCUUGAUUCAGCUCAACAAAUUGUCAGUUAUGAAUUCUUGAAAGCUUUUUGCUCAUACUCUUUAAUGCUACUAUUGUAAUUUUAUGUUCUAAUAAAUACUCUGUAGAUCUACUUCAUGUUAGAGCUGAAAACAAACAAAAACAAACUAUACCUGUUUACUGUGUCAAACUAUUUUUGUUACCUUUUGUUUCCGAGUAUUAACAAACUUUAUACCGUGUGAAGUGUGUGCAUCGCUUUUUUAAUCUUGAAUUUGUAGAUUCAUAAAUAAUGAAAUAUUGAAGAACAGAAUGAAAUGAUCUGCAUCUAAUUAAUAUGCAAUUUGAAUUGCUCCUGAUUUGGCAACUAGUUUUAAUAUUUGACUUGCAAUGUUGCGCUAAUGUUUUGAUUUCAAGACUUGACCCACUUUUAUAUGAAAAGUCCUACAGCCUAUUUGCACUGUUUAUUUUAUUAAGGUUUUCUUUCAUACCUGUACCAUUUAAAUGCAACAUUUAAGUCAUCUAUAUGUAUGUGCAAAUAGGUUCAUUAAGCCUAUAUCAAAUUUCCGAUUUUAGCAGUUUGUUUUCUGUGCAAUGGCCAUCCUAUUUUGUGUAAUUUCUUUUCAAACAACUGGAUUUUGAGACUAUCUGUGUUUGGGGUAUUAGUUUGUGCAAUUUAUAUUUAUGUUGAUAUGAUUUAUGUGCAAACGGCUGUAUUGCAAGACUAUUGGCCACCUUGAUGAAUGAAUACUUAGCUCCUUGUUAGAAUUCAGGCAAUGUGUAAAUGUACACUGUAUAUAUCAACAUGUAUAUUUCUAUUGUUUUUUGCUUUGUGAUUGCAAAAUAAAAUGAGGCUGGAAUUAUAUGCUACAUGUUUUUUCUAAGAACGGGAAAUAUAUAAAUGAAACUAGUUCUGCAUCCUUCUUAAUAGUGAUAUUUCUAAUAUUCAGGUGUUCGGAAUAUAGGUUGUAUUGAACGUGGCAUUAAAAUGCACUUGUAAUUUUGAAUGUACCCUUUUGAUCGUUCACGAAUAGCUUGAACAUAGUCUGACAUCAUUUAUCCAGCGGUCUCGUGACCGACACCUUAUGUAGAGGACCGGUACAGUGUUUUUUUCCUUUAAAAUCACAGAUAACUUUACUUUAUACCAUUUUAUUUGUACGAGAUGAAUAGAAAAUAAAAUUGAAUUUUCUGAACAUUUCCGACUCUCCCAUGGACAUGCAUAUGUAGCAGUCAGUUUGUAUUAAAAUCACAAAGAAGAAAUGAAAAUAGGCAAUGCAGUUGUACAAUUUAAGUUGUUUACAAAAUGUGAACGAGACCAUGUUUAAGUUGUUUACAAAAUGUGAACGAGACCAUGUUUUUUUAAUGUGUUUAACAUGACUUUGAUCUGGCUGUGUUCCAAUUUUGCACAUGCAGCUUUACAUCAAUACACCUUAUACACAUGAUGUCAUAAUCUUAAUGGUGUGUAUCCUCCUCGAGAGGCUGUAGGAUUGUAAUAGAGUUUUUGGUUCAGAAUAAUGUGAAGAAAAUAUAGGAUUAGGGUUGAUUUAGUUUUGGAGGUUAGGUUUUAUGUUUGGCUUAAUGUGCAGAUUUUCCAUCGGAGCAAUUUUCGCCAGAGCAAACAUCAUGGAACUGCUAUAGAGAUAGCCGAAGAUUACCAACGUAUGCAAGACAAUGGCUUCAGCCUCUAUAAUGGCAUGCGGUCUGUAUGUCAAUAUUAGCAACAUGAAUUGUUUCUAUGAAAGGAUAAAUAAAAUGUGAACAGGUUGCAUACUUUCCAUUGCAAAGGAAUUGAAUUAUGUGGGUGUGUUUAAACAUCAAAGGAUUUUAGAGUAUACAUGUAUUUAGAGCAAACUUUGAAAUGAAAAGUCCACACCUUGCUUUUGCUUCAGGAAAAUUUGUAGUGUGAAAGAGGCUCGUGAUAUCAGUGGAAAGGCCAUGACCUUUUGAGAGUGUAUUCACAAGUAGUUUUAUUUUUUUGUACUGAUCAGAUAGCAAGUUAUAGAAAUAUAUGCAACAUUAUUGAAGAAGUUGGAUAAUGUACAGAUUUGAACUUUACAUAUCAAUUGUUCGUCUUAUUUGUGUUUAAAAUAAAGUAGCUUCUUAGCUAAUGCAAAACAUAAAAAAAAAAAAGAAUUUUCAUAGGUUUUGAAAAUGAUGACUUGUAAUGUAAUGUUUUGAAAACAUAAGGGUUUUGAACAUGUUUUUUGAGCAUUCCAAAAACCUCUUAAGCUUUUGAAAAUGUUUUUCAAGCAUUCUGAGCAUAUCAUGUGCAUGCUUUGAUACUUGUUAUAGUUAUUGCAGUUUCAUUUUCAAAACUUGACUUAAUUGAACACUUACAUUAUAUUAAGAGUGUAAUACAAUUAUCAUUCUGGGCAUAACAGUAGCUAUUUACUAAUAUUUACUGAUCGAUCUUGUACUCUGUUCAUACAUGUAGAAUAUAUAUAUAUAUAUAUAUAUACAAUGUUUUGAUUUUGAAAUAAACAGUGUGUUCAUGCUGUAUAUGUUUUUAGAAAAAUGUUUUAUAGAGUAACCAAGAUUAUUCAUGUGUUGAUUUGGAUUGGUAAUGUGAAUGCUCCAGUUUGUUCAAUUGUGGGCCUUUUAUAUGAAACAAAAUAUUGAUUCUGCUACAUAUACAUCAUUUUCUCCUUUGAAAUAUAUUUUUAAGUGUAAAUAUUUUUGAAAAUUCCUUUUCUCUUUAAUGAUUAUUUGUUUUUUAAAUUGUUAUUUGUCUCCAGUUCUUACACAAGAUUUUUAAAUAAGAAUUUAUCCAACAGAAGUCUGCAUCAAAUUGUACCCCUAUCUUCAUGAAUGUGUGACAUUUAUACCGAGGUUUUUUUACCUGACUGCUAAGAAAGCACGAAUGCCUGUGAGCAAGCAACCAGGGGACCAACGGCUUAAGGUCCUCUCCGAGGGACCUGGUAAUGAGGAUAAAUGCCUUACCAAAGGGCACUAGUGCACCUCUUGGGAAUCGAUCUCGGGUCACCGGACUCCGAAACCCCCGCUCUACCGACUGAGCUAUCGCGCUCAUCCUGCCAUUAAUAAACACAACAAACACAACAUUUUUGCCCAAAGUGGGGCAGAGUUAAUGGCAAUACCAUAACUUAUCCAUUUGUUUAUUUGGAAGACAAAAAUUGCAUUGAGAUGCUCAUUAAAAAAAAAAAUCUUAAAAGAUAAUAAUUAAUGAUAAUUGGAAUUUAUAUAACGCUUUAUCAAUCUACGACUGUUCAAAGCGUUUCACAAUUAUUAUUACCUGGUCACUGGAUUCAUAGCAUUUCAAGCAGCCUGUUAGGCGCACACUUGCUAAACCAACCACAAUGACGGUUGUUUCCUACCGGUACCCAAUUAGCACCUGGGUGGGAGUGGCCAUGUGUGGAUUGACGCCUUGCCAAAGGGCGCUAGGCCAUGGUGGGAUUUGAACACACGACCCUCUGAUUACAAGGUGAGAGUCAGAACCGCUGCACCACGGCACUUCCAUAUUUGGAAAACAAAAGAUAAGUGAUUUGAAAUUGGAUUCUAUAGAACCCAAACAUGUCCCAGUUGUUUACAAAUAACCAGGAAUGUGAGAGGGAAAUAACUAUGUAAAUUUUCAAACAGCCCUUGCUAUGGACAUUGUUAUCAAAAGCUGAGAUCUAACUAAAUUUGAAAAUUUGGUACAGCUGCAAAAUUUCCAGUAUCUCUAGUUUGCAGUAGCUUUUAAAAAAAAAUCACCAAAGGCCUUAAUUAUUCCUACUGUCAGGGGCGGAUCCAGGAUUUUCCAAAGGGGGUGGGGGCACAUUUUCCUGAUGAAAAUUUGACAAGCAAAAAAAAAAUUCACCUAAACUUGAAGGGGCAUUUCAUCCACGGAAAAUUUGACGAGCAUAAACAAAAAAAGUCCUCACUUUCAAAGGGGGGGGGGGGCACAAUUGGGUCAAAACGACAUAUUUACAUUACCAUUUUUAAUUAUGCCUCUCAAAGGGGGGUGGAUAUAUGCCCCCCAUCCCUGGAUCCGCCAUUGCCUACUAUAUAGUUAUAGUCAUUAUGAUUAUGCUUUUAUUACUUUUUCAUUAUUACUUCCCCUGUUUGUGAAAUAAUCUCCUUUCUUUCUUUCAAAUGUGCCCAAAAUUAUUGUUUGUGUUAAGGUACUGCUAGUUAAGAAUGACUAGAUAUAAAAUUGUCAUUUGAUUUGUUGCAUUGAGAUUUAAUGCAAAAUAACCCUGAUAUAAGACUGUGUAUUCAAUAUUUGAUAUCGAGUGACUUAAAAAUGACCCAAGUUAAGGUUAUGCAUUCAAUUUGUUAUAUUUACUUCAUUGAAAUUGACAUGGGCCCUGCCUUAAAGAGAAUUACGAUUGAUCCAUCCGAACUCUAUUAUAUGGAAAUCUAUCGAUGUCAUAUUUUUUUUUUUUUUUUUUGUAGAAAAUUUGAAAAAUGACCUUUGUAAACAAAAAGAAGCAGACUGGAUCAUCAAGAAAACAAAUGUAAUCUUUAAUUUUUUUUCGAACAAACACGCAUUGUAGAUGUUGGUAUCGCUGGCUUUCCAUAGCUGUGGUUGAUUGGAUCAAUCGCAACUCUUUAGUUGUGGUUGAUUGGAUCAAUCGCAACUAUUUAGUUGUGGUUGAUCAGAUCAAUCACAACUCUUUAGUUGUGGUUGAACGGAUCAAUCGCAACUGUUUAGUUGUGGUUGAUCGGAUCAAUUGCAACUCUUUAGUUGUGGUUGAUCGGAUCAAUCACAACUCUUUAGUUGCAGUUGAUUGGAUCAAUCGCAACUGUUUAGUUGUGAUUGUUUGGAUCAAUCACAACUCUUUAGUUGCGGUUGAUCGGAUCAAUCGCAACUGUUUAGUUGUGGUUGAUCGGAUCAAUUGCAACUCUUUUAAGAGCUGUGGGUUGAUAGGAUCAAUCACAACUCUUUAGUUGCAGUUGAUUGGAUCAAUCGCAACUGUUUAGUUGUGAUUGUUUGGAUCAAUCACAACUCUUUAGUUGCGGUUGAUCGGAUCAAUCGCAACUCUAGUUGCGGUUGAUCGGAUCAAUCGCAACUCUUUAGUUUCGGUUGUUCGGAUCAAUCGCAACUUUAGUUGUGGUUGAUCGAAUGAAUUGCAACUCUUUAGUUGUGGUUGAUCGGAUCAAUCGCAACUCUUUAGUUGUGGUUGUUCGGAUCAAUCACAACUCUUUAGUGAUCGGAUCAAUGGCAACUCUUUGUAAGAUUGGGACCUGAUUUAAAGUUGUGCAUUUAAUUUGUUAUACUGUUUUCAUUGAAAUUAACCUGAUAUACAAGGCUGUUCAUUUCAUUGGUUUAUAUGCAUGUAGACAGCACUUCAUGCCAAAAAAUAAAAUAAUCUCUGAAAAGAUGUUCUUGUAAACAAUCAA